AUGGGCAACUCAACACCUACAGAGCCAGCCCCGGCCUAUGAGGACCUAUUCCACGAGCGUGGUUCCAGCUCACGAAAUGGCGUAAGCAACCCAAUCCACAAGGGAUGGAUCAACAAAGAUCAUCCCGCUGGUCUCAUCAGCAUACUGAUCAACUCAAAUGAACAGUACGCCAUGGUCGAUCAAACAGACAUCGAUGUACCCCGAGACGUGGAACAGGGUCACCACCUUCACGAGCUCCCCCGAGUGACGGCCGAUACAUCAGAGCCAGAUCAACACACUCACUGUGCCGAAUGUGAUCGACAGCGGGAGCGUAGAGAAAAUCGGGAGAAUGGACAGAAAGCAUGUGCAAUGGUUGCGAAGACGUUUAUUCUGAUUUCGCUGUUCAUGAUGAUAUUGGGCAUUGUUGGGGUUCAGGCUUGGAAGGAGGUUCGUAUGAAGAAGUUACAUGGUUAG